AUGGGAAAUUGGUGCUGCGGUCAGCGGCCGACCACCGACUCAUCCCCGUGUCUCGCACAGUUCUCAAUUAUUCGCAGUAUUGGCAGAGGAGCAUUCGGCAAAUGGUUUCAUUGCCCGACGCUUUUUCAGGUUUGCAUUGUGCAGCAACGUUCGACCAAGAAGUAUUUUGCUCUAAAAUACAUGAGUAAAAGACGGUGUAUUGAUAAGGGUGUUGCUGGUAACGUACUUCGUGAACUUAGCCUACUUCGAAAGUGCUCUCAUCCAUUUCUAGUGAACCUUUGGUAUACAUUCCAGGCAAUGAACUUCUAA